AUGAUAAAAUAAUAAAAUAUUUAGUUAUUAUUCUCUAAUUUAGAUGAAUGGCAUUACUAAUAAUUGACAGAAGUGUAUAAAACCUCAAUUCUACAAUAAUAUCACAUGCUAAUUUAACAAAUUAAAACUAAAUUUCCUAUACCUAAUCAAAUAAAUGAAUAUGAAUUUCCAACUCAAGAUAAUGCUAUUUAAUUUUUUUUAAACUACUCACCUAUAAUCCUUCAAUUAAAUUAAGUCAAUGAUAUCAAAAUAAAACUAUAUAAAAAUGCAGCAUAUUUUGGAAAUUUAGUUGAUGGAUUUCGAUAAGGACAAGGCAUAUUAAUAAAAUAAACAUUAUAAUUAUAUGAAGGGUCUUUUGAAAAGGAUAAAAAGGAAGGGAUAGGAUUUGAAAUACUAAAAAGCAAUUAAUAUUAUUAUGGGAACUAUGUAAAUGGCUUACCUUAAGGAGAAGGUGUAUUUUGGUCAAAUAGUUAAAAAUAUAUUGGACAGUGGCAUUAAGGGAAAAAAGUAAUAAAUGAGACUUAAUAUAUUAGCAUGGGAUUGGAUGGUAUUAAGGAAUUCAUAAAGACUAUUAUAUAGGUUAAUGGGAGAAUGGAAGAUGUUGCGGUUUCUGUUUACAUGUUAAUGGAUAGAUGUAUAUCAAUAUAUAUAAUUAAUAGAUAUGUAGGGGAAGUAAUUAAUGAUCUGAAACAUGGUAUAGGUAAAGAGUAUUUGGAAAAUGGUGAAUUUUAUAGUGGUGAAUUUCGAAAUGGGAAACUUAAUGGUAAAGGGGAGUAUUAUUGGAAUAAUGGUAAUUCUUAUCAAGGAGAAUUUGAGAAUGGACAAAGAAAUGGUUAUGGAAUAUGGUAGAGUAAAACUAAGAAUGGGAUAAAUUGUUAUAAAGGAUAUUAUACAGAUGAUAAAAAAUGUGGUGAAGGCAGAUUUGAAUAUUCAAAUGGAACUGUGUAUAUUGGUAAUUUUAUGGAGGACAAACGAAACGGUUAUGGAUAAAUUAUUUGGCCUGAUAAAGCAAUAUAUAAAGGAUAUUGGAGAGAUGGUUUAAUGGAUGGAGAAGGUGUUUAUUAAUAUGAUUAGUUGAUAUUGAAAGGUAAUUGGAAAUAGAAUUAAUUAUAAACAUUUGAUAAGGUUAGAAUUUCAUUAAAUGAAUUUCCAUAUAAUCAUUAAAUUAAAGAUAUUAUUGAAAAUCAAGAAGUUUAAUCUAAAAUAGCUGAAGAACCAGAUUUAGAUGAAAUUGGAGAUUAAUUUUAAAAGGAUCUUUUGGAAUCUAAAGCAGAAACUGUUGUUUAAAAUAUUUCUCAUAAUACUAGUAACCAUGAUAUGUAUGUAUUAUAUAAAUAAAAAUAGGUUAUAUUUUCAUCCAAAAUAACCAAUUCUUCAAAAAUAAUUUGAUUUGUUAAGUCUUUUAGAUUAAGGUCUAUAAUUUUAAUCUUUAGAAACUUCACACAGAUAACAUAAUUCAAGUGUUGCAAUUUAGACUGAAUCAAAAAAGUAAUUCUUGCCUAAAUUAAAGAUGAAUAAGUAACAUCCAGCUCAAUUCAAUAUUAAUCAUUCUUUCUAAGAGUAAAGAAAUAAAAAUACUACUAAUUUUUAAUAUGAUGUAUUGUUAGGAUCUUCAUAGAUUAAUGGAAAUGAUAGUUUUCAUAAAACAGAAAGAAUGUAAAUAUAAACAAAGAAAAAUAAAUCAAAUAGAUCUGUUUAAAAUAGAAGUAAAAGAAAUAAACAAAUUUUAUUAUCAUAAAAAGAAUAAAAUAUAUGGGCUAUUAAAAUGAGUAAAUUAAAAUUAAGUCCUACAAAAUAUUCUAGAAUAUGGAAUCAUGAAGUAUAGUAUAUUAUAUAUAUAAGGUUGUUAAUGAAAUUAAACAAUUUUUAUAUCCUCCAGUUUGGAAACCUCCCUCUUAUAUAAUUUGA